GCUGAAUUCUUCCCAAGCAAACUUGAUAGGGUGAAUGGCCUCCUCUCGUUUGUAAAGUUAUGUGCUUUUGAAGGUCGUGAUCAGUUUGACAAAUGGGCAUAAAUGUAACAGCAUAAUCCUGGCCAGUUACAAGACAGAUCACCAGUCAUUGAGGAACUUGAAUUAUUAUUACAACACAAGCAACAAAAAUCAACAAACAAUCUUGAUACAGAAAGGUGCUCAGAACUUACUUAAAUGACUUCUGGGUUAUUGCUGUUUCCUAUGCUGUCCAAAUCCACAGCUCCCACCUAUGAAGAUGGAUUAAAUGCUACCUGGAACUUCACCUGGAUUAACCAACAUAUGAAUUGGUCUGAUGCUCAGAGCUACUGCAGAUACAAUUACACAGACCUGGCCACUGUGAGGAAUCAAGAAGAUAAUGACUUGAUACAUACAAUGAUUACAAGUCACACUUGGGCAUGGAUUGGCCUGUUCCAGGACACAUGGGGAUGGUCAGACCUGUCAAACUCCUCAUUCCGUAACUGGAAAAUUGGCCAAAAUGAUUAUGUGAAUAACGCAUGUGCUUUAGCUCAGGUCACCUGGCCUGGGACGUGGGAUGUGACACCAUGUGAUGAAAAGCAUCCAUUCAUAUGCUAUGAUGAUAACCUGAUCUUGGUAAAUAGUAACAUGAUCUGGAAUAAAGCCCUGAAUUACUGCAGAACGUACCAUUCGGACUUGGUGUCUGUCCACAAUGAGGAGAUCCGGUACUGGGUCAGUAGGAGAGCUGAGAAGGCCUCCACUGAUCAUGUCUGGCUGGGGCUGCGCUUCUCCUGCUACCUGAACUUCUGGUUCUGGGUCAGUGCAGAAAAUGUCUGCUACCAGAACUGGGCACCAAACAACAUAUCCAACAGUAACUUGUGUGGAACCACAGGGGCAGUACAAUCUAAAGACCCACAUUACUGGGUCAGCCUGCCUAUGACUGAGAAGCUCAACUUCAUCUGCUCCAAAUGUCCAAGUAAGACUGAUUCACAAACAAAGUACCUGAAGAACUGAAAUGAAUUUGAAUCCCAUUUCCUCUGAAUCUCAAAUUCAGAAUAAUAUACACUAUAUUGCCAAGAGUAUUGCAACACCUGGCCAUUACACCUACAGUACAGUAAC